AUGCUUUGGGCACGGCUCGCACCGCCGUUGCUCCUACUCUGCCUCAGUACCCUUACGAAAGCAUCCAGCCUGGGCGACAUUCCACCAUGCGCAGUACCUUGCCUACUGGAUGCCAUUCCAAAGUCGACAUGCACUUCCGGUGAUCAAGCAUGCCUCUGCCAUGAUACUUCAUACAUAAACCUAGUCGAGACAUGUGUCAGAGCGGAUUGUUCAGUUAAAAAUGCCCUGGUCACGAAGAAUAUCACGCAGACGGAGUGCGGCUUUCCGGUUGAGGACGACUUCGCCGCUGUCAAGAUCAUGCGCCUGGUUCUGUUCUUCACACUUCCCACUUUCGCCAUCAUCAUCCGCUUAGUUGUGAAGAUCGCCCGGAUAUCACCCUGGGGAUUUGAUGACACUACCAUUCUAUUGACAUAUAUCAUAAUGUUUGGCUUCAUACCGGUAAAUUACGUCGCUGAACUGAACGGCGCCGGGCGAGAUAUUUGGAGUCUCACUUUCGACCAAAUCGACCUUUACUUCUUGACAUUUUAUAUCGGCCAACUGCUCUAUGUGUUCACGCUGACGCUGAUCAAAUCCUCUAUACUAUUCAUGUACCUCCGAAUCUUUCCUGGCGAGAAGUUUCGCCGGGUCUUGUGGACAACACAAGCUGUUACCGUGGGGCUCGGGAUGGGAUCCGUGUUCCUAGUGGCCUUUCAGUGUCAACCCAUCGGGAAAGCUUGGAAACAAUGGACCGGGGAGGAGAAUGGUCACUGUAUACCGGUGCCGCCGCUUGGCGUGGUCCAUGGGGUGGUCAACAUCGUACUAGACGUGUGGAUGCUCAUUCUACCGGCAUCUCAGGUGCUCUUCCUGAACAUGAAGCCUCGAAAGAAAUGGGCGGUGAUGUUCAUGUUCAGUCUCGGCCUAUUCCUUACAAUCUCCAGCGGUAUACGACUGAGGGCGGUGUUGAGGUACACGACUGCGUCGACCAAUCCAACUGUCGAUGCAAUGCCCGUCGCCGUGUGGUCAGACAUAGAGCUCGACGUGGGCGUUUUCACGACCUGCAUCCCAAACAUUUGGCAAUUCGUCCGCCGCUUUAUUCUCAAAGACCCUAAGCGAGUGGAGAAGUUGAGCUCGAGGAAUGCUCAGAACCAAAAUCUCGAGGAGUAUUCACAGAAGUCGCCGGCACCAGCGUCGACGGAGGAGGCUCAGCGUGAUUCGCGGGUAAUUCUUUACGCGGACGUGGGCUUUUUGGAAGACAUGCAUCUGAUUUGCAGCAAGAUCUGCCAGAAGAAGCCGGACCAAAUCUUCUUUGCAGUAGACUAUAGCAUACGGUGGAAGAGGCCGAACCUCAGCUAA